AUGGCGUUCGCAACAUAUCACUACCUUCUCGCUGUCCUCAGUACCUUGAUACUGUACAACCUCUACAGCCGCUAUCGCUUCAAUUCGCGGUACAAGCUUCCACCAGCCCUACCUGGCGCACUGCCCCUGAUCGGCAAUACGCACCAAAUCCCGCCACUGAACCAAGGUCUCUGGGGUCAGCGCAUGGCAAGACAGCAUGGUGAGCUCUUCACCGCCUCGAUCGGCGGCUCAACUUGGGUCUUCCUCAACUCCUCCCGCGUGGUCAACGAUCUCAUGGAAAAGCGUUCCGCCAUCUACUCUUCCCGAGCUCCUGCUCCGUUCGCGUCUGGCUUGUUGUCCAACGACUGCCGCAUGCUGUUGAUGCCAUAUGGCGAGCGCUGGCGUCUGCUACGUCGGAUUCUCCACUCCGUGCUCAAUAAGCAGAUGAUGCCCACAUUUGCUCCCUUCCAGGACGUGGAAAGCCGGCACUUGCUUUGGGAUUUUCUUGAUAAUCCGCAGCAGUGGCAUCUGGGUACGCAGCGCUUCGCGAACAGCGUCAUAAUGUCUGUUGUGUUCGGAAAGCGUAUGAAGCUCGAGGAUCCGGAUGUGAGAGAGUUGUUCGACACAUCAAAUGAGCUGAUCCUAGCGCUGCAGCCGGGCGCUAACCUGGUUGAUUCGCUGCCGGUGUUGGCGAAAAUUCUGCCUAAGCCGCUGCAGUGGUGGCGUAAGCGUGGUGAGCGUUUGCAUGACAAGACUGUUGGAGUAUAUAAGAAACAAGUGCAGGACCUCGAGAGGCGGAUGGCGGAAGGCAAAGCAAGAGACUGUUUUGCGGUCCGGUUUCUCAAGGAUCCCAGUACAAAGGACUACGGAGCGACGCAGACUUAUUUCGCUCUGGGAAGUCAUGGCGCUGCGGCGACAGACAAGCGCUGGGUGGUGACAGCCAGGGAAGCGUUGGACCGAGUCUGCGGCUCCGCCGGCUCGUCUGCCACGGACAUGCGAUUGCCAAAUUUCGAUGACCGUCCGGAGCUGGAGUACAUCACGGCAACAGUGAAAGAGGCUUUCCGCUGGCGACCCUUCGCAGAAAUAGGCCUGCCCACAAUGCUGAUUCAAGACGAUGAGUAUGAGGGUUACAAGUUUCCGAAGGGGACGCUGUUCACGUGGAAUGCAAUGGCGAUUGCGCUUGAUGAGAGGGAAUACGAGCAAGCGGAGCGGUUCUGGCCAGAGCGGUUCAUGAACGGCGAUCUUAACAACGUCAUGAAGGGCCACUGGAGUUUCGGGCCUGGACGACGAGCAUGCUCCGGGUACAACGUUGGCGAGACGAAUGUUUGGAUCGCAGUUGCGAGACUGAUCUAUUGCUUCGACUUUGACGAAGUCCCUGGUAAGCCUAUUGACACCCUCUCCACAAACUGGGGCGAGCACAGAUGGGCACCUAUCGCUGUGAAGAUCACUCCGCGAAGUGUCGCUCACGCCGAGCUGGUCAGGCGGGAGUGCAAGGGAGCUGUUGAUGCAGACAGCAGGAAGGCUCGACAGCCAGUGACCAGAGGGAAGGCGCCAACGUUCACAGAAGACGCCCGUCAUGCUUGCCACACAAAAUAUUGGCUCGCUGCUCUCUUUGCCAGCGCUGCAGCCGCGAUCUUUGCGUUUCCCAUUGUGUCAUUCCUCGCGUUCUACUUCUACACCAUUCCCAACAGCCUCAAAGAUUCUCGACGUCGAAAGUUGCCUCCAGGACCGCGAGGACUACCAUUUCUUGGAAAUUACCUCGAUCUCGCCAAAGCAGACACAUUCCGCUUCCAGGUUCAAGAGUGGUCGAAGCAGUAUGGCGAGGUGUGGUACACGAAGAUCGGCGGCGGUGACUGGAUUUGGCUGUCGUCGCCACGAGCAGUCAAGGAACUUAUGGACAAGCGUUCUUCCAUCUACUCGUCUCGGCCACCAACACCUCUUGCCGGAGAUACUGCUUCUGCAGGCCGCCGUCAGCUGUUCAUGGCCUAUGGUCCCGCGUAUCGCGUUGUUCGCAAAAUCGCCCACUCGCUGCUGAACAUUAAUGUCACGACCAGCUAUCAGCCCAUCCAAGACCUGGAGUCGAAGCAAUUGAUGUACGACCUGAUCCACAGUCCAGAGAAUUUCUACGAUCACAAUCGCCGCUACUCGUCCAGCGUGAUCCUCACCGCCACAUACGGCCACCGCAUGCCAGAUUGGGACGCACCCAUCAUAAAGAGCAUCUACAAGGUGAUCAACAACCUGCAGACCUUUGCUACUCCAGGCGGCUGGCUCGUAGAUACGUUCCCAGAGCUCGCCGUGCUGCCGUCAUGGAUGUUGGGCAACUGGCGCGAGUUUGGCAAGAAGUGCUUUGAGCACGACUCGCCAAUCUACUUGGGUUUGUGGCGCAAGAUGAAGCAGGAGGUCGAUGAGGGACGCUGCAAUCCCUGCUUCGCGCGCGACUUCUACUUGUCAGAACCAGAGAAGCAGGGUCUGGAUGAGCUCCAGGCCGCAUAUCAGACUGGCGGCCUGGUCGAAGCAGGAAGCGAAACGACGUCAGCAUAUCUCAACUCGUUUAUUCUCCGCAUGCUAGAGAACCCUGACGUAGCGAAAAAGGCACAAGAAGAAAUCGAUCGGGUUAUUGGGCACGAGAGAUUGCCCGAGUGGGAGGACGAGAAAGAUCUGCCGUACCUAAGAGCAAUCAUUAAGGAGUUGCUGCGCAUGAGACCGCCAAAUAAGAUCGGCAUCCAGCAUGCCACGACCGAGGACGACUGGUUUGACGGCUACUUCAUCCCGAAAGGCAGUGUUGUUGUGCUUGAUUGGUGGACAAUCAACAACUCACCCCUGCUCUGGACCGAUCCGCAGAAAUUCCAACCCGAACGCUUCCUCAAGAACCACCCUCUUCCCGCCGCAGCGUACAUCAACGCCGCCGACCCCAACGACCGCGACCACUUCUCAUACGGUGCCGGCCGCCGCGUAUGUCCCGGCGUGCACCUCGCCGAAAAGUCCCUCUAUCUCAACAUCUCCCGCGUCCUCUGGGGUUUCAACCUCAGCAAGAAAGUGGGUCCUGAUGGGAAGGUGAUUGAGCCCGAGGCGGGUAUGGUGCCAGGUUGGAUGACUAUUCCGCUGCCGUUUGAGUGUGAGAUCACGGUGAGGGGCGACGGCAAGCGGAAAAUUAUGGAGAGGGUAUGGGAGGAGGCUAGGAGAGGUUUGAAGGCGGAUGGCGAUAUCCCUGAUGGGCAAGGGUACGGGAACAAUUUGAAAAACCGGGGCUAA